AAAAGAAAAGGUGAAAACAAAAAUUUCACUGAAAUGGCGGAGUUUCUGAAGAUGAAUUCUCCGGCGAUAUACGGCGGCAGAAGACGGCAGCUCUGGCAGUCUCCUAGGGUGGUAGACUCCGUCUCCUGCCGCCAGCUGUACUUGAGAAGCGCUUAUACGUUCUCGAGAAAAGAAACUGUUCCUCAAAAAACUAAGAAGUGUCUCGGAAAAGUCAGAGAAAGAGUGGCGAACGGCGGCAAAAAGAAGGGGAAAAUCGGUCGGAGACGGCGGCGCGUGAGGAGUUUCACGGCGGUGAGGAGAGUGAAGAAAAUUUGUUGUGCGGCGUUGUGCGGUGUUUUCCGAAAGCUGUUAGCGUGUACUGCUACUGUUGAUGUUGUCGAUCAUGAAAGUUAAAAAAAAAAGUCAGUGUUAG